GGAGCCUUCCUCCUAUCCGUACGUGCUCACAGCCGCCAUCGGCAAUCGAUCUCCUCAAAGACGCAUCCCUCGUAUCCGUGCUCGCACAAAAAGCUAUAGCUAGUCAUAGGAAUAAAUGGCGUUGUCUAUCGAAAUGGUAGAGUCCAACGACAGCCACACGGCGACGGUGUCCGGCUCGCCGGCCGGCAGCAGCAUACACGUGCCGUCGUGGGAGUAUUAUCUGCGGAAGUAUCUCAUGCUGCUGGCCGGGCUGGUGGCGACAGCGACGUACGAGGCGAGUUUCAGCACGCCCGGAGUGUCGCCGCCGGAGGAGAGCGAAGGCGGGAGCAUGGUCCUCAAGCUCACGCCCCAGUACAUCACAUUCGUCUACUUCAACACCACCGCCUUCGCUGCCUCGAUUGGGGUCAACCUCCUCCUCCUCGUCCUCAACGAGAAGAGACCCGUCUGGCUCGCCGUGCUCCGGUUCGUCAUGGUGCUGGACCUUCUCGCCCUCAUGGGGGCCUACGCCAGCGGGAGCUGCUUCGACGUGCCGUCCACGGUGUACACCUGGUUGCUGGUGGUCGCUCUCGCCGCCUACGUUGGCGUCCACAUCCUACUGGCUUCCUACACGCCGUUGGAAUCGGAAGUGGAGCUGGGACUGCCCGAGGAGCAGAGCCCCGAGGAGUCUCUCAAGCUCACAGAGCAACGCAAGGUACUCAUGCUCCUCGCGACAUUCGCGGUGGGGAUCUCAUACUCCGCUGGCUUGAAUCUGCCCGGCGGCGGCGGCGGCGAGGAAGUGCGCGGCCGCCAGCCCCUCCACCGGAUGGCCUUCUUCUACUGCAACACCACGGCGUUCGUGGCGUCGCUGCUCAUCAUCGUGCUGCUCCUGGUCCGGAGGCUGCAGAGCCGGUGCUGCGCCAUGGUGCAGCUGUGCGGGCUCAUCCUGGUCGUGCUGUUCGGACUCGUGGGGGCCUACGUCUCCGGGAGCUACGGGGACGACGCGGGCUCCUCUGCCUAUGUCAUCGCGCUGGUCGACCUGGUUCUCGUCUACAUCUUCCUCGUGAUGACGGUGUUGGUGGUUGUCUCGAAUCCUCUCAAGAACACCAGGUGGCUACCACAUCAAUUUGUCUGCGCCUACUCUGCAUGUUCAAGCUGGCUACAAAAAACAGGCUUUGGAGAAGGACAACUGCAAGCGGAUGGCGGCCGGCAACGGCAUCGGCAUGGCAGCAACAUGGUCAUGGUGGAUGAGGCAGCGAACAACACAUGCAAUAACAAACCAGCAGGCAUGGAGAAGGUCAAGUCUCUGCUUCUGCUGCUUGCUACUCUCGUGGCAACCAUCACCUACCACGCGGGGCUCGACCCGCCGGGUGGCGUCAGGUCGCGGGACGGGCAGCAGCAGAACAGCAGCAACAGCUACAAGGCCGGCGACCCGAUACUUUCGCUGACGAACCCUGGCCGCUACAUGGUGUUCUAUUACUGCAACUCGACCGCGUUCGUGGCGUCCUUGGUUGUCAUCCUCAUGGUCCGGGCGAGGGGCCUGAUCCGACGGCACACACUCGAGGUGGCGAUGCUACUGUGCUUGCUUGGCCUCAUCGGCGCGUACGCGGCCGGGAGCUGCCGGGACGUGAUCACCACCGUCAAGCUCAUAGCCUUGCCGGCCGCUACGUUGGCGUACGUGGUAAUCCACGUCGUCUUCUUCACGCUGGACCACAAGGAAAUGGGCUACGAGGACAACAGAAAGCUGGAGAAGAGGCGCAAGCGGCUCCUGCUUCUCGCCAUCCUGGUGGCCACCAUCACCUACCAAGCUGGACUGACGCCGCCGGGGGGCUUCUGGACGGAAGACUUGGGGGAGUGGCGCCGUGCGGGAGGCCCCAUCAUGGCCGACACAUACGGGAUGAGAUACCAAGCGUUUUUCUACUGCAACUCGACGAGCUUCAUGGUGUCCAUCACGCUCAUCAUCCUGCUGGUGAACCCGAACCUGUACAAGCCGGGCAUACGGUGCUACGCGCUGUACGUGUGCAUGGUGAUCGCCCUGUUCGGCCUGAUGGGUGCCUACCUCAGCGGGACUAUCCCGGACCCACGGACGUCCAUGUACGUCUUCGUCCUGGUCGCCGUCGUAAUCACGCUGAUUGCCAUCACAGCCAUGGUGCUGGUCAUCCUGUUCAUAUUCGGCGAAGCCAAUGGAGGAGAAGACAGCAGCUCAUCACGGCCAAGUCCGGCCGGAGGCACGGCAAUGAGGCGGCAACGACACAACAGUGGCUCAAAUAACAGUGCCAGGCGGAAGUACAUGAUGGUGCUGGCGAUCCUGGCAGCGAGCGUCACCUACCAGGCCGCCAUGAAGCCGCCGGGCGGCGGCGACCACGCGGGGAACGCCGUGAUGCGGCGCAGCAACCCGGCCCGGUACAGCGCCUUCUUCUACUGCAACUCGACCUCGUUCGUGGCGUCGGUGGUCGUCAUCGUCCUGCUGCUGCAGGAGUCUCUGCAGAACAACGUGUUGCUGCUCUAUGCCAUGAACACGGCGAUCGUGCUGGACCUGCUCGGCCUCCUCGGGGCGUACGCGGUCGGCAGCAGCCGGGAGUGGAAGGCGACGGGGUACGUCGUCGCGCUAUUGGCCGCCGUGCUCGCCUACAUCGCCAUCCACCUCGUGCUUUGGUUGCUGGGGAGGAGAGCCCGGGACAAAGUAAAUAAUACUCCCGCAACCGGUGCACCACCGGAGGCUCAGCCACAGAGCUAAACCAAUUGUUAAAAGUGGUACCGAUGAUCUGUAGGAUAGGAACUAGACUGACAGUUAGCGAAUCUCUUCAAAUUUUUGUAUAAGAAAAAUCAUGUACACCAUCCACGUCUACUUAAAAAUUGCAAUCGU